CCUCGUGUCGUCCUUUUUCAGAACGCUUUGUCUUCCCACGCAUUCAACGUAAUCACCAACUGCCCCCGACCCCCAGCGCAUGGUCGCGCAAUCCACACGGCGCGACCCGCACCAUGGCUUCCUACUCGGCCAUCGCCUCAGAGCCCCAAGACGCGGACCCCAUGUCGUCGAGUACCGGAUCGCUGAGAGGGAGACGGCGCGGUCGAGGCAAGAAUGACUCGCGGUCUCAGGGCCAGGCAUCGUGGAUAUCGAGCGUCAUCAACCUCGCCAACACCAUCCUCGGCGCUGGCCUCCUCGCCAUGCCCUCGGCCCUCUCCAAAAUGGGCAUCUUCCUCGGCAUCUUCGUCAUUGCAUGGGCGGGCAUCACGGCAGGCUUUGGCCUCUACCUCCAGACUCGAUGCGCCCGCUAUGUUGAUCGCGGGACCGUAUCCUUUGCCGCACUGUCCCAGCUCACCUACCCGAACCUCUCUAUCCUAUUCGAUGCUGCUAUUGCCAUCAAGUGCUUUGGCGUGGCCGUCAGCUACCUCAUCAUCAUUGGGGACCUGAUGCCAGGAGUCGUUCGAGGAUUCGCACCAGGUGUUGGAGAUGUCACGUUCCUCGUCGACCGCCAGUUCUGGAUCACCGCAUUCAUGCUCAUCGUCAUCCCACUCUCGUUCCUCCGCCGUCUCGACUCCCUCAAGUACACCAGCAUCGUCGCGUUGUUUUCAAUCGCUUAUCUAGUCAUCCUCGUUGUAGCCCACUACAUCAGGGGCGACACCAUGGCUGAUCGGGGCGCUGUCAGAGUCUUUCAAUGGGCAGGUCCUGUUCCCGCCUUGGCCGCUUUCCCAGUCAUCGUCUUCGCGUACACAUGCCACCAAAACAUGUUCUCCAUUCUCAACGAGAUUGCCGACAACUCACAUUUCCGCACCACCACCGUCAUCUUUGCUUCCAUUGGUGGCGCAUGUGCUCUCUACAUCCUGACCGGCAUCACAGGCUACCUCUCGUACGGCGACAACAUUCGCGGCAACAUCGUCCAGAUGUACCCUACCGUGGUUGCCAGCACAAUCGGUCGCCUCGCCAUCGUCAUCCUCGUCAUGUUCUCCUACCCACUGCAGAUCCACCCAUGCCGCGCAAGCAUCGACGCGUGUUUGGCGUGGAGGCCGCGUCGCCGUACCCAGUCCGACGGCAGCCCCUCCCGCACCACACUGAUAGCAAACGGCGCGAAGCCAGCCAAAGCAGAGAUGUCCGACCUCCGCUUCGCAAUCGUAACCACCUGCCUCAUCGUCCUGUCCUUCAUCACAGCGAUGCUCGUUUCCAGUCUCGAAAAGGUUCUUGCGUAUGUUGGCAGUACGGGAUCGACGACUAUCUCUUUCAUCCUCCCGGGACUGUUCUACUACAAGAUCUCGGACCCGGAUUCGCCGCAUCACCAGCGACUGAUCAAGGAUGAGGACGAUGAAGACGAACAUCAGAGCGGGGAGGUGGAGGGCUAUGUGACGAGUGAUGCGUAUUUGAACCGCGAUUGGAGGAGGGGGUUACUCAGGCAUCUUUCGCUGGCGUUGAGUAUAUAUGGGUUCGUUGUUAUGGUGGUUUGCUUAAUCACUAAUACUUUCUUGGUUGCGGGGGCACAUUGAUGGAAAUGAAGUAACAAAAGGUUGUGGGGUUCAGCGGGCGUUUCGGUAGAAUAUGCGCUCCGGCUUGGAUUUUCUCGAUGAAUCUUAAUGUUUUUUCCCCAUCAAGUUGAGUGUUGAUUUUGCUGUCUGCGUUUUGAACGCAGAGUAAUUCUUUCUUCAGCAUCGAUGCUGCGAACCCCCUCCCCUAUAGAGACGAGGCGAUGUCAUAAAACAGUCCAACAUCUCUUCCAAUAUCAAAACAACU